UCCAUGUGGAUGUGGUCGACAUCAAAUAACAACAGAUUGUACAUUUUGCUGAUAAUCAAUGUGAUUUAUUUCCACUUUUGCAGAUGUGUUGUGAUAACAAUGAAUCCUUCUAAUGGUAUCUACAAUAAAGAGAGGGAACCAUUAAAAACCUUGGAAAGUUUCAGACAAGUUACUGAUCCAGAACAAAAGAAACUCGAAGGGAAAUCACCUGUCUUCGGGCAAUAUUUUGGAAUACACAAUUUGGGCUCAAUAUCUGUUGGAGAUACUGUGUACAUCGGCUCCAACUGAUAUAAAUAAUCACUUAUUUCCACCUCAUUCACUGAUAACAGCUCAAACCGAAGGUCAGAACUUCAAAAAAAGUUGUCAGCCGAAAGAAUAAGUACACUUUCCACUUAUCAGUACAUUUAUUGUAAUGUAUUAAAAUUGUUCAAAUGUAUCAAUUCUGUUUUUUCCUACAAAACUUUUUCUAUACACUAUGUUAGCAAUGUUGAAUUAUGUUUAAUAAUUAAUCAUUCCUCUGGAA